AUGACUCCCCCAGCUUCCAGGUGGUGGGAUGCACCCAGCGAUGCCGACCUCGACUAUGGAUUCGAUUCUGACGAACCUGAUACUAGAUACGAGCUUGAUCGCAACACGAACCCUAAAACCCAGACCGAAAUAGAAGAGCCAGAACCCCAGGAUACAGAGGAAAAGGGACUGAUUGGAAAUAUGUCUUCGUGGCUCCAGCGUCAGGCUGGUUCGUCACAUGGCCAGCUUGCGACUACCGCUGUUUUGUCCGGUGCAGCUGUUGCAGGUGCUAUCUUUGGAUACCAAACAUAUAAGCGAAGAGAGGCGGUUCAGGACUUGAAAGCUUCAAUCCCCAAUAUCGAUGAUCUACAUCUCGCUGAAAAGCUUACCGAUUUCGGUGCUGCAGCAUCUGAUAUCCCAUUGAGCAAGGAAGAUGAGCGCAGCGCAGCUUUGGCUCGCAGAGCGCAACAAGGAGACUAUGAUGAUGAUCUUAUUCUUGAACAACUUGCCCGCAAUCGUGUCUUCCUUGGUGACGAAGGUCUCGCCAAGCUUCGAUCCUCAUUUGUCGUCGUCGUUGGAUGUGGUGGUGUCGGCUCCCAUGCCGCUGCCUCGCUCGCUCGAUCGGGUGUUUCCAAGAUCCGACUGAUUGAUUUCGACCAAGUUACUCUUUCUUCGCUGAACAGACAUGCCCUUGCGACAUUGGCCGACGUUGGAACGUCGAAGGUUCACUGUAUUAGGAGACGAUUGGAACAGAUCGCCCCAUGGGUCACUUUCGAUUGCAGGAAUGAACUGUUCGGAAAGUCGGCAGCUGAAGACCUUAUCGGCCCUUGGAUUCUGACAAAGGACGGGGAGGGACGCCGUCCGGACUUUGUGUUGGAUUGUAUUGAUAACAUCACGUCCAAGGUGGACUUGCUACACUACUGCCACACGAACUCUCUGCCCGUGAUCUCAUCCAUGGGCGCUGGUUGCAAGUCUGAUCCGACCCGCGUUGUAGUUGGCGAUAUCUCUCUCAGCACCGAUGACCCUCUAUCUCGCAGCACGCGGCGUAAGCUGAAGGCCCUCGGCGUUACCUCGGGCGUUGCUGCUGUAUUCUCGACCGAGAAGCCGGGCCCCGGCAAGGCGAGCCUGCUUCCUCUUCCUGAAGAGGAAUACAAGAAGGGCCAAGUGGGUGAGCUCGGAGUACUCCCUGACUUCCGAGUUCGCAUUCUCCCGGUUCUGGGUACCAUGCCUGCAGUCUUUGGCUACACAGUAGCCAACCACGUUAUCUGCAGCAUCACUGGCUACCCGCUCGACUACAAUAUGGGCGCCAAGGGGCGUGAAAAGCUCUACGAUGGCAUUCUGGCUGCCAUGCUCGCCUUGCACGAUCGAAUGAUCAAACAUGUUACCAGCGGCGAUACAAUCGGACUUCGUAGCCCUAUCAGCAAGGAUGACAUUGCAUUCCUCGUUGAGGAAGUCUAUCGUGGAAAGAGCGCAGUCAGCGGCCUGCCGAACAGGCUCGUUCUGAUUCCCUGGCAGAACCCUACUCAUGGAUGGAAGAUGGAUUUGAGCCUCGAGCAUGAAGGUCAGAAAUCCAUCCCGAUCGACAUCAACAAUUUAGUCUGCAUGACCAAGGAGGAGGCUUCUCACCACGAGAAGGAGGUCCUCAAGGGUGGCAAGCCCAUAGAAGAGGUCUACGAUGCGACCGUCAUCCAGCGUGUGAACCUCCGGAAACAGGAAGCGGAAGAAAAUGCAUGGCAAUCGCGACCUGGCGGAAACUACAACCCGCCCUCGAGAUCGUCGGAAGACACGAAACCCGCGCGAUGGUUUGAGAUGAUUCGCUCGGUGGUUUCCGCGCCGCGGUUCCGCCGCUACGUGCUUAUAUACGUUGGGUUGUUUUUAGUGGGUUGGGUUAGCUGGCGGGUGCUGCUUUAUCCGCGCAUUCAAGAGCGAAGCUCGUUACUACAAUCGCUUGAUUCGAAAACGAAGAUCCAGGCGGGUGGCUGGUUCGGGUCGAACGUCAUGCCCCAGUUCGACGACAUAGUUCAGAUUCGCACAUUGGAUCCGGCGCUCGUGCCUUCGCGGUCGGCAGAUGUUGAAGCAGAGUCGUCACGUCGGAAACGGUUGAUCUUUGUGGGUGAUGUUCAUGGCUGCAAAGCAGAGUUGGAAUCUCUGCUCAAAAAGGUUUCCUUCAAGCCCAACAGUGGAGAUCACCUCAUCUUCACUGGUGACCUCAUUAACAAAGGACCAGAUAGUACAGGAGUGGUAGAUCUUGCCCGUGCAUACUCGGCCUCUUGCGUGCGUGGAAACCACGAGGAUCGAAUUCUGCUUAUCCGACAGGAGCUAGUUAAGAGUGAUACUCUGGUUACCCCUGAUGAUGACGAAGAGUCAAGUCUAUCAUCCCGAGAAGCCCGUGAGCGUGCCCUCGCUCGUUCGCUCAACGAUGAGCAAGCAGCGUGGCUGAGUAGCUGCCCGAUCAUCUUGGAUGUUGGCUCUGUCCCAGGCAUGGGACCUCUAGUUGUCGUCCAUGCGGGCUUAGUACCGGGUGUCGAACUUGAGAAGCAAGAUCCGUCCAGUGUGAUGACCAUGCGGACCAUUGAUUUGGAUACGCAUUUGCCUAGCCCGAAGAAAAAGGGCAUGAAUUGGGCCAAGAUGUUCGAUAAGCAUCAAUCUCUAUUAUACUCAACUCUUGAGUCUUCAACUGAAGACCCCCUCUCGGGCACCAUGACUGUCGUAUACGGGCAUGAUGCCUCUUCUUCCCUAUCUAUUCGCACUUUCACCAAGGGUCUUGACUCUGGGUGCUUGAAGGGGGGCAAGCUCACGGCGUUAGUCGUUGAAGAUGGCGGGAAACAGAAUAUUGUACAGGUGAAGUGUAAAAACCACCUCAAAGACUAG